AGCAGCUGCGUGCUAACUCCGACAUUCAGCUCUUCCUCUUUCUGCCGUUACUGUUCUUCUCAUCGGCUGUCCUCUGCUUUCCUUCUUCUCCUUCGUGUUCGAUUCUCAAACUCACACGCAAUUCGCCCUGUGUUGGAGCCCUGAAGCAACAACAUUUUCCACAUCCAUGGCUGCCCUCUCCCGGAGCUCAGCCCUCCUACUUCUGCUUCUCUCCCUGUCGCUGCAGGCUCUCCACUUCGCCGGUUCGGAGUCCUUCAUCGGGGUGAACUACGGCCAAGUGGCGGACAACCUCCCGCCGCCCUCGGCCACGGCGAAGCUCCUGCAGUCGACAUCCAUAGGCAGCAUGAGGCUCUAUGGCGCCGACCCGGCGAUCAUCAAGGCGCUCGCGGGAACUGGCAUCGGGAUCGUCAUUGGUGCAGCCAACGGGGACAUCCCGGGGUUGGCCUCCGACCCCAACACCGCGGCUCAGUGGGUCAACUCCAAUGUUCUCCCUUAUUACCCCGCCAGCAACAUCACCCUCGUCACCAUCGGGAACGAGGUCCUAAUGUCCAACGACCAGGGCUUAAUCUCCCAGCUCCUCCCCGCGAUGCAGAACGUACAGAAGGCCCUGACCGCGGCCUCAUUGGGCGGCAAGGUCAGGGUGUCCACCGUGCACGCCAUGUCCCUGCUGAGCCAGUCUGAUCCACCGUCCUCGGGCCGGUUCGACCCUGCCCACGAUGACAUGAUGAGGAAACUGCUCCUGUUCCAGCGUGACAGUGGAUCGCCUCUUGCAAUAAACCCGUACCCGUUCUUCGCAUACCAGAGCGACCCAAGGCCGGAGACGCUGGCCUUCUGCCUCUUCCAACCCAACUCUGGCAGGGUCGACUCAGGGACCGGGAUCAAGUACAUGAACAUGUUCGAUGCUCAGGUUGAUGCCGUGCACUCUGCCCUCAAUGCUAUGGGAUUCAAGGACGUUGAGAUCAUGGUUUCAGAGACUGGGUGGCCUUACAAAGGAGAUCCCAAUGAAGUGGGGCCCAGCAUCGAGAAUGCUAAGGCCUACAAUGGGAAUCUGAUCGCACACCUCAGGUCGAUGGUUGGGACACCGCUGAUGCCGGGGAAGUCCGUCGAGACAUACAUCUUUGCACUCUACGACGAGGAUUUGAAGCCGGGGCCUGCGUCCGAGCGAUCAUUUGGGCUUUUCAAGCCUGACCUGACAAUGACGUACGAUGCUGGUCUAUCAAAAUCUAGCCAGGCCCCAGUAGCUAAAACUCCAGCGUCUCCAUCACCGAAGCCGAAGUCACUGGGUUGGUGUGUUCCCAAGUCUGGCAUUCCAGAUGAUCAGUUGCAGGCAAGUCUCGACUAUGCAUGUGGUCAUGGCAUCGACUGCAGUCCAAUUCAACCAGGAGGAGCUUGCUUUGAGCCGAACACCGUGGCAUCGCAUGCAGCUUAUGCAAUGAACCUCUACUACCAGAACUCAGGCAAGAACCCAUGGAAUUGCGACUUCUCGCAGACGGCUACGUUCACGCUGAACAAUCCAAGUUACAAUGGUUGCAUGUAUCCCGGUGGAAGCACCUGAAAAGUGUAUACUCACGAACUCGUUGUUGCGAAUAUAGCGGUGCAUAUAGUGGGGGUCCCGUUUUAAUUUCACAGCAGAUUGCUGAGGAUAAUAAUGUAAGAAUAGAUUUAGAUGGUAAGGGCUCCCUUCUGUCAUACAUAUUUAUGGGGGCAAUGUAAUGUAAUAUAACAUGUGGGUGGGAGGAUUUUUCUUUUUUUUCUUUUUCUUUUUCUUUUUCUUUUUCUUUUCCCGUGAAAAAUUUUCUGGUAAUGUUUGCUAGGGUGGGAAAAAGUAAGUUUUUUCCACCCCUUUAAAAAAAAUAAAAACCGUAAGUUGCCCAUUAAGCUAUAAGCUACUUAGGGCUUUGUAAUAAUUACUCUGAAUCAAUCUAAUUAUAUAAUUUUGUAUUAUGGUCCAAA